CUGUUGUCUCUCAGUCUCACUGAUUAAUUCAGUAGAGAGUCUAGGCUCCAGCUCAGGAACCCUAAUAGCAUCACCUACAUUAGCUGACCUUUUAGAAACAGGACAUGUACAAUUCCCUGGGCUACUUCCCUAAAAUCUCCUUCACCCUUACCUCAGGGCUGCCUUCCUUCUACCUGUUUUGGUUUGUACUACCCAGUUUACCAUACAACAUCCUCCUACAGCUCCCCACACCCAACUGACUAACUGGGAGGCUUUUAACUUGUUUCAGCCAGCCCUUAAUUGGCUUCAGGUGUCCCAAUCAACCUAGCUAUCUUCCCUGCCUUCUGGAAAGAUCUUAAUUGGCUCUAGGUGUCUUAAUUGACCUGGAGCAGUUGCCAUUUACUUAUCCUGGUCACAAAGAUUUGUUUAGCCUGGGGCUAAUAUAUGUCUCCCACUAUUUUUCUAUAGCUGUCUGGCCUUACCCCGUCACACCACCCAUCUUCUAGGCAGGAAUUCUGAACCUGAUAUCAGGGACGUGAAAUUUCAUGAGGGUCCAGUUAAGGGCUGUGACAAGCUGUUUGAGAUGGAAUGGGAAAGUAGCUCCUACCUGCUUUGGGCUGGUGCCUUCUAGCAAACUCUCCCCCACCCCCGCUUCCCAAAACAAACAAAAACCAAAAACCACCCAGACCUCCACAUCAAUCUCAGCAGCACAGGUUCAAGGUUGCUCAAUGACAUCUGUUGGGAUUUCUGGGUGCUAUAAGCUUAUUGCCAGAGCACUAGCUCUGUGAGACGAAAUUAUGGUAACUCUAAUCAUUAUAAUUUAGAAGAAGGGGAAGCAAGAUACUCCUGAAUCUCAAGCACUUCUCUGUUCUGAGUGAUAACGGUAAACCAGGAAAAUGAGAUGCUAAAGAAGUAGUAGCCCAAUUGCUAUCAGUGGCAAGAGGCCGUAUAAUGAGAGGCAACAAACUGAAGCAGUGAGACAAGAGACAGGCAUUUCUUCACAGGAGCCAGGCAGCAAACCUUGCCUCCCUUCUCCCAGGCGGUGGAGGUGAACCUGUCUGAAUUCACGUCUGGACUCUGGGACUUUGCUAACCUCUGACAACAAACUUAUGCCAACAAACUAGCCCAGCACCAGCCAUGGGGAGAGCUGCACAGCAAACCCUCACUGCUUUACUCUGCAUAACAGCAGCGGUUUGCAUGGAUGAGGACAGCUGCCCAGAGGUGAGGAUAGUAGGUCUCAGUGGUUCUGACAAACUUGCUGUUCUCCAAGGAUGCCCUGGGAUGGCUGGAGCCUCAGGACCCAAAGGAGAACCCGGAUCUGCAGGAAUGAAAGGAGAGAGAGGUGCUGAGGGGUUCCGUGGAAAGGCAGGACCAGCUGGGGACAAAGGAGAAAGGGGAGCUCCUGGGGAGAUGGGACCAGCUGGGCCACCAGGCAAAGGAGAGAAAGGCAAUGCUGGCCCCUCUGGACUAAAAGGAGAAAAAGGAACCCCUGGGACAACAGCAUUUGAUGUGAGGCAGCUGGACAAUAUCCAGUGUAAGAAAGGUGCAAAGAACUGCAAGGAGCUGUUAGCCAGAGGGCACGUUAUGAGCGGCUGGUACACCAUCUACCCCGAUGGCUGUGCUGCCAUGACCGUGCUGUGUGACAUGGACACAGAUGGUGGGGGAUGGCUUGUUUUCCAGAGACGGGUGGAUGGGUCAGUGGAUUUUCAUCGUAACUGGACUUUCUACAAGAGAGGUUUUGGCAACCAGCUGACAGAAUUUUGGUUGGGAAAUGACAAUAUUCACCUGCUGACAUCACUUGGAAAUAACGAGCUGCGCAUUGACCUUGGAGACUUCGAAAACAAGAAAUAUUUUGCCAAGUACAAGUCAUUCAGCAUUUUGGGAGAAUCUGAGCAAUACAAACUGAUUCUAGGGAACAUGGUGGCAGGUGAUGCAGGGGAUUCAUUAACCUACCAGAAGAACAGUAAGUUUUCAACCCCAGACCGUGACAAUGAUCUGGAUUCGGGUAGCUGUGCAAAAACCUUCCAAGGAGCCUGGUGGUUCAAUAGCUGCCAUCACUCCCACCUGAAUGGGAUGUAUUUACGAGGAGCCCAUAAUCGUCCUGGUCAUGGCGUGCUCUGGAACAAGGGUAUUGGGAAUGAAUAUUCCUACAAGUUCUCCGAAAUGAAAUUCAGGCCCCUUCCCUCGUGUGAGGUAGGGGCUGUGCACCCUCCCCUCCCAGGUGCAUUUUGUGGUGAGCACCGGCUUCCUAUGGAGGCUUCUCCUGAAAUAAAAAUGUUUUCUGCUUGGAGAAUCUCAUUUGAGUGGGAUUUCUUCUUUGUUCUUGAAGAAGGAAAGCUGAGGGCGACACUGGAAUUCUAG